ACAAGCUACCACUUCUUUGCAUUUUCCCGUCCUUAGUCGACCCGCCACAUCGUGCCUACCCUAGGUAGCACCCAAUCUGUCACCGUGGCCACGAUAUCGAACCCGGCAGCAAUUCACAGACAGCUGUCGAUUUCACACCGCACCCAUGUCGCCCGACCCUGAGCUUCCUCAGCUUCCGAAUGGGGACGGCCCUGCAUCGGCAUCUCCAUCGAGGCACCCGUCCAUCUCUCUCCAGGCUGCCGCGACCCUGAAUGCCGGUUUACAGCGCGAAUCUCCUGGCAGAGCCUCGCCUAGAAGUCCCCUGUCUCCCCGUCACCGAUCACCAAGUACCGGUCGCCGUCGUUCCCAAGUCCUGAUGAAUCUCCAAAUGGCCGACCCGUCGACGCCAGCACCAGGCGAGAUGGUGUCAGACUCUCAAAACAGGAGCUACCGAAGCAGCAGCCCGAUCCCUGUGGCUGGCUCCCCUCGCUUGAUCGCAACUAGGACGCCGAACCACAACCGAGCUCCCAGCCUCGGGGAGCUCCACCAAGAGCUAGAGAACGAACAAGAGUUUCAGGUCAACCGGCUGCUUGCUCAGAUUAGGCAGCUGCAGGAGCGUAUGUCACGUCGCGAGAUUCAACGCCAACAGCAGCAGAACUCGUCCGCGGUCGCGGGUGAUGAUCAGUCGUCUGAAAGGUCUGUGCCGGUAUCAGUGCCGAAUACCUCCGGUUCCCUCCCGCGUUCUCCAGUCUUCCCGCGCAGCUCGUUUGACAUGGCCCGGGCCGAUCUGCGCCACCGAUCCAGAACGCCCAGCCGAAACGCCUCUCCCAGGUUGCGUUCCACAUCCAUCAGUGCCGACAGCGGCGAGCCGUGGGCUCUGGCUGGCCGUGACGAGAGCGCCUUCUACCAAGCGGAGAGCCAGAUGCUCGUUCGCGAAAACCAGAUGCUGCGCCAUCGCAUUCGAGAAAUGGAACGCCAACUUGCCGAGCUACAGGGCAACAAUAAUACAUCACUGUCUCACGAGCCGUCCCAUUCGUCACACCUGAACCAUUCCAUGUCGGUAUCGGAAGAGGACGAUGCUAAGCACACGUCUGCAACCGCCGCACAGGAAUCUUCCGCCGCGGAGGAAUAGAUACCGCAGGAUUAUCAGGCUGUUGACCACAUCACCCCCCAAAAAUCAUUCCUCGGCUCCGUACUCUCGAAAGUUCUACCAUGGAUGUAUUUCUCCUUUCUUCUUAGACGGACUUCGCAAGUUCCCUGAGGCAGAUGGCGUGUUGGUUGGUCGCCGGUGCUAUGCACGGUGGUUCCUGUUUCUGAAAGAUUGUGUCGUCUUGGACCUGGUGUGGCCUUUCUGCCGCAAACUACGUAGUCUGGCAGCAAUUAUGUUUCAGAUGCGCACUCAUGAUGGUAUUCAGGGUAAAGAGCAUGAAUUGAGGAGGGACACGGCGUUCGGCGGAUAACAGUCGCUUAUUUGUGAGUAACGGGAUAGCUAGGGACCCUUCUACUAGUGAACAGGCUCUUUGAGGUUUUCUGGAGUGUGCAUGUCGUUCAGAUAUAUGGGAUGGAUGAACUGGUGACAAGCCGGACUACGAGCAUUCGACCGUAGCUAACACAGUUUAAGCAGUCACUACGAACAACUGCUCAUCUAGAAUCAUUUCGGGAACGCCGAGAAGCAUUAUAUCACAGAGUAGGUGCUCUGGUGGUGUAUUGCGGGAGUCGAGGCGCACCUUCGGUACCUUGGUACAUUGAAAUACACUACACUAUCCAUACACUAUAUCGGAAUUGCCCCGAACUUUGACACCCUGGAAAAGCC